CAUUUUGAGUCUCUUCCUGGUUGGUACGUUGAGUGACAUUUUGUAGGCAAAAGCCAGAGGGGGGGGUCCUGACACUUUGAGCCCCUGUAAUCCACAUAUAUGUGACACUUACCUCAGGUGGGGUUUGGUAACUCUCCCCAUCAUCGCUUGCACAUGCUGGGCCUCGCACACCCAUAAACUCAGGUCAACAGCCAGCGUUUUUCCGCUCAAACUGUACAGAGGCACAGACUCACGGACCGGCUCGACGAUGGACCAUAAUUCGUGAACACCCAUAACUACCAACGCAUACGUUUAUAGCUGAUUUAAGAGUAAGAUAUAAGUAGAACACGUAAAUGUUAAACCACACAACAAACGACCACAAAGACCCGGAAUUUUCAAACCUUGGCGCCGUUGGGCUGCGUCCCAAACUGUUGAACAUCGCUAUAUGACGCUACUUUGUUGCUUCUUUAAUUGUCACGAAGUGGGGAAAAAAGUACAUUUGACGGUUAAAUUAAAUACAUGUCAUCAGCAGGCGUUUUAUUUAAUACGUAUGUCAUUUAUUGUUUCAAUUAACAUGAUUAUUUAGAAAACAAGGUGGAAAGAAAAGGAACAGUCUCACGAAGUCGAACAACGCCUUACUUGUUCAACACAAACGUCAUAUUCAAGCGCUUGUUGCUAUGGAUACGAGGCUUUUGUUUACAGGCCAGGCUCAGGAUUUUUUUGACUGUUUUUAUUUUAAACCAUGGACUCUAAACUACACAUAGAAAUUGUUGGCUUGAUUAAAGAUCGCAGUUUCCAUGUUGCCAAAAGUAUUGUCGAGGGACUAAAACAGAAGUUUCCUGAGAAGUUUCUGGAUCCGAAAAUUAAAUCACUCCUUGAAAUAGACUGGCACACAUAUCUGUGUCAAAAGAAAAGGGAGCUGCGUGGUGACGUGUGGCAGUACUCCAGCAGCCUGAUGUGCUUUCUGGACGGCCUUCUCCUGGGUAAUGAGAAGGACCUCACCCGCUGGGCCAAGAAUGAAUGGAAUUUUUCUUUCACUCGGCCACAGGCUUUCUAUAUGGCUCUCACUGAGGACUACUACAACAAACACCUUCGAAACACUGGGCAUCAGUUUGUCUUCAUGGAAAUUGAGAUAGCAGGAGAGGCAGUAGGGAGGUUAUUGUUUGAGCUGUUCUCAGAUAUUUGUCCAAAGACAUCAAAGAACUUCGAGGCUCUGUGCACAGGAGAGCGAGGCGGAUCAGUAAGUGGCCUCCCACUUUGCUACAAGGGUUCCCUGUUUCAUCGUGUGGUGCCAAACGGCUGGGUGCAAGGUGGAGAUAUUAAUCCAGUGAGGAAAGGUGAUGGAGGGGAGUCAAUCUAUGGACCAGCGUUUGAAGACGAGAGCUUUGCUGUGUCCCAUACUAAACGUGGCACUCUAGGAAUGGCCAAUAAGGGUCCCCACAGCAAUGGAUCCCAGUUCUACAUCACCCUGCAGCCAACACCCUGGAUGGACAGGACCUAUGUUGCCUUUGGUCACGUGGUUGAGGGUGUCGACAUCCUGAGGAGAUUAGAAGAAGCUGUGACCUGCAAUGAAAGACCCAAAUAUGAAUGUAAAGUUACAGACUGUGGAGUGUUUAAGUUUUAAGUCAAGUGCUUAAAUGUUUUAUCAAUGUUAUUCAUGGAAUAAAAUAAACAAACCUGAGAUACAUGUAACAUGCGACUUAUGAUUUAAAUAUGAUUAUUUAGUAUAGAUUAAAUCAUCGAACAUUAUAUUCAGGCAUAGGCGUCACUUUGUCAGAAAAAGUGGUGGGGACAAUUUCUCCAGAUUUAACAUCAGCAUUGCAGAAGACAAAAUAUGUCCCUCCCCUGGGUGUUGAACCUCGAGCACCUGCAUGAAAAACCAAUGCAUAGACCUGGACCAUCAAUGUGUUUUUAAAAUGCCCAACUAUAGAUCUUGCAGUCGUGUGAUUUGUACUUUUAUGCACACAACUAGCACAGGUAUGGAGGACAGAACAUGACAUAAGUAAAAAAAUAAAAAAAAGCAUAAAUACAGGAA